GUGUGUGUGUGUAUUCAUGUUUGUGAGUUUGCUUGCUGGCUUUGCACACUUGAUUACGAGCGUAUUUACGCUAAGAAAAGGUGAGGACGAACAGGAUGUCGCUGGCGUAACCUUGAUACCUGGACACAAAACACAAAUCGGCAACUGAACGCAGUUAAAGGCGAGGUUAGAAACCAUAAUGUCAGUGUCUCUCAACGUGUGAAUAAGAAUGGCGGCGACAGAAGCCUUCGGGCAGGUUCUCUUCUCCGCUCUGCUGCUGCUGUCGGCUUCCUCCGUCGGGGGCGUCGUCCUUCUGCCCAACGGAACUCUCGGCUUGACGUCGUGCAGCUGCGUUCCCUCGGACCUGUGCAUUCCCCAUCCGUUCCUGUCGAGUGACGUUGAUUUUCAGUGUCCAAGAGGAGGUGAUGUAUGUUGCGUUCCUGAUAGCAUUGUCAUAG